CUGACCGGCACCUAUCAACAACAGUUCUUUGACUUCUUUAGAGAUACCAGCUCAAAAAACUCAAUUUACCCUCUCUCACCCCAGACUAGGCACUGACCCUGUUGGCCUCAAUCCUUUUGAUCCCAAGAGUGCCCUACUAAGAAGACCCUACAGUAGAUGCUUUGAUCUGACUGAGCUGCCUAUGGCUAAAAUUGUUAAAGGGUGCUCUGGACCUCUUACUAUUGGGGCUCCCCUCUCUGAGCUUGGGACAUGGAUCUCACCUGUGUAACGGGCACUGAGGCAGUGGGGGUGUGGAAUGUGGUGAGCUGUCACAGCUUCUUAGUGCCCUUGUACACAAUAUGGGAUCUGGGAUCAUUUUAGGGACCAUUCUAAUCUGUGGAAAUCCACAAAGAAAACGAAAUGCUGCCUAAAGGCUUUUACAGGAGGAGAAACAGCUGCUAUGGGCCUCAAAGCCUAUAGAACCCAUCCACCUGGAACUUCCAACCCCAGGCACCUCCUGCUCAUUGAAAGCAAAAGUUUCCGGUUACUGCCAAGUCCUAAUCUCUCCACCUAGAAUGUGUUUCAAACAGCUGCUCUGGUACCUACAUCCUCUUUCAUUUGGUCCUAGGCACUUACCUCAAGCAGAAAAUCCCUAGGAGUUAUGUCCAGAGUUAUCAAGCUCUUAGCUAUCGAACCUGCUCCAGUCUCACUUUAUCAUAAACUAAUGUGAACCCCCAAAUGUCAGUACCUGAGAGGUCUCAAGGAUGUACUUUAGUAGAUGAAAGACUCUGAAAUGGAAAAACUUUUCCAGGUAAAAUUUCAGCAAAGGGCCAAUUGCUUUUUUGCUGGCUGGAACUGGCACCAGCUUCUGGGCCUGCAUCUUGGGAAUUAUGUUGGUAGACUGAAGAGAGAGCUUCCUGCACCAGACUCUACAGCCCAUCUACUUUAUAGAAGACUAUAAAGCCCAGAGAGGGGAAGGGCUGGCCUGUGGUCAGUCACCACGCCUAGACCCCAGGCUCCUGACUUCCAACCAAGCAUUCUUUUUGCUUAUGGCUAAAUUUUGUUAGACUUCUUAGGCCUUUCUGCUGGAGGAAGGAGCAUGUAGCUCUGUGUUAAUUCAUUCAGCAGAAUACUCUAUUGCAGAGAGCCUGUGAAUUUUUUUUUUUUCCUUUUUCAGAAACAGACUUUGAAGUCACUCCCAGGGGUGUGGGAUGGCUGUGGAUAUCUGCUGCCAUUUAAGCUGAAUGCUGCCUGGAUGAUGCUUUGCUUUUAAAAGUUUGAUUUUUGCUCCGGAUUUAAAUAAAACAACAGGUAAUUUAACAAUGUAAAUUUUAAAAAUUUAAAUAAUUAGUGUAAAUAUAUGUUGAAAUAUUUCCCUAACAGUGGUUACUUCUACUGGUAAUAAUGACCGGGUCUUUUCUUUUGGGGGUGGGGGAAGUGGCACACGAGAUAGGAGCUUGAGGCAGUGUUGUUCUUUUUCCCCAUGCACGGGGGCCUGGAGCUUACAGGCUCUUCCCUUGACUAUGGUAUUGGCUUCACAAAUUAACCCAAAAGGCUAGUUUGGUUCUGCUUGAAGUACAGAAGGCAGAAAUGGAGGGUUAGGAGAAACUACUUAUCUUUGGAAUGCGCAGUUUCCAGAGCCCAUCUGGCACCACAUCACUCCAAGGUGGUUUAGCACGGGGUUCACAGACCCACCUGGCUCUGGGACAGCCCGUUGUUCAGCUUUUUGCCUAUCUAAUCAGAUGUGUUCUUACCCAAUGUUCGCUAGGUCACCACGUAGCCUCCUCCCUCUCCCAGCUCCUAGUUAAGCCCCUAUCUCGUGUCAUCCAGCAUACAAACUCAGAGAUUAAGGGAGGGUACAGAAAACUGGCCUUGUAACUUGUAGGUUAGGUGGGUUAAGCAUAGAUCUGCUUCUCGAUGUUCCUAAAGUGCAAACAGUAGCUCUCCCUUCAUGGUCCUGAGAGGACUGGAACUAGAUCUGUGGAGUUACACCCCACCCAGUCUUAGCUCUGAGGUCCCCCAAUACACCCUCUUCUCCUUUGGUGAGAGGCACCCUCUAUUCCCCUGGCAGAAGGAUUCGUGACCGUCCUGUCCACCUUCAGCUGUGUUGCGUCUCCUUCACUUUUCCUUGGGGCAAGGGAAUAGGCAACUCAUCCAAAUACCCAACUCUGAAGUUGAGAAGGGCCUCCAGAAAAGCCAUCAGCCAAGUUUUCAGGGAGAUGCCAGGUAGAUGGGGAAAGAAUCUUGUUGCAAUUGUCUUGGUAAUUCUUCCAUGUCAUAGAAGAUCUAAAAUCUUAUACAUCUCCUUACCCAAAAUUCACACCUUUGCCCCCAAAUUUACUAAAGCUCCCAUGUCAUUUAAUAAAUACUCGUAACUACUCAUAGUUUGGUGAUACAUGCCCUUUCUUAGUUUAGAAAUCUGCAGCAGUUCCCAAUUAAGCUAUUGCUCCUAGCUGUUUUUUUGGGUUUUGGACAUUUCCCAGCCCUAUGCCUGCUUCCCUGAAACUGCUGGAACGAUAUGCUGUGUAGAGGGCCCCAGCAAGUACUGGGAGGAAAGCCCGUAACUCAAGGCUUGCAAUGUGAUUUAAUCACCACACAAGCUCUCCCACUGAUUUAGAAGCUCAUGCCACCUCCUCAUGCACACGUGUUUAAAACAGCUACAAUCCACACAAUUUAUCCAUGGUUCAAAUAACUUCCACAUCGGUCCUGAUUGCCCUUGCCCUGGGAGAGACAGCAGGUGUGUCAGACACUGAAUUUUCCACAGCUGAGUACUCAUUCUACUGGGAAGAUGAUCUGGCAGAGAUAAUAUGGGAUCUGGGGCACUGCAGAUCUAGCUUGCUGAGCAUCCUCCCACAGAAGGGAGAUAAGGGCUUUUUCUCCAAUUCUCCUAUAACAAUAGACCAGUUUUCUUUCCUAGACAAGGCUGAAAGGUUCAAAUACUAUUUCUGAACACCCUGUUAUUACAAUUCUAUUUUGACUAGUGAUCUCACUGAGCUAUUUUGGAAUCAAAAUGUGGCCAGGUGCCUGGCCUUCCUCAAUGGCUUCAUGUGGCUUUCAAAGCGAAAGCCAGUGCUGACUUUUGGUAAAAUGCAAGAAAGGGUCCAAGUCAGCAAUACAAUCACUCAAAGUCCAGAGAGAUCAGUAAAUACGUGUCUGAAAGGCAGACCUUGAACACAUUCCUCUGGUAGACAUUAACUUAUUAAACUGAUCCUGAUUGCAAAUAAAAACUUUGACCUCAUCUGGCAACCACCCGGGAGAAUUUCAAUCUAUAAAAAGUGGGGACUGACGCUGUCCUCCUCCUGUCAAGAUGUGGCCCCUCAGACUCUUUGCUGUGCUCAUGACCUGCCUGUUCCUGUUAGGCCAGGUAGAUGGUUCCCCAGUACCGGAAAUGAGCUCAGCAAAGAGAAGACUGAGGAGAAUGACCCCAUUUUGGAGAGGAGUGUCUCUUAGGCCUAUUGGAGCCUCCUGUCGGGAUGAUUCUGAAUGUAUCACAAGGCUAUGCAGGUAGUCCUCAAACCCGGAAGCAGGGCUGCGCCAGAGCCCUGGGAGGCUGGGCAGGGGAGAAGUCAGGAAUCACACAGACCAAGGAAUAAAGCUAGUUGGGAGGGGUGGCUGAGGUGAAGUGAGGCUGGGAGCUCCCUGGAAGAGGAAAAUCCCUCUUGAGCUAAGAACGGGUCCACACAGGUACCAUCAAAGAUGAGUGCCUUUCCUUUCUUCCGUCUUCCUGAGACUGGACCAAUCACGCAGAAGAAAGUGCAGCAGAGGCCACCCUGGGCACUUCUAGACCUCUGUCUUAAAAACUACCUUUUUGUUUUGCUCUAGAAAAAGACGCUGUUCCCUAAGUGUGGCCCAGGAAUGAAGUACAUACUAGGGAGAGAGAGGACAGCACUCACCUACAACAAUGCUCUGUUCUAUGGAAUAUUGAUUAACUGCAUUUUGGCUGAGACACCUAAAUGAAGCAGUCUUGUAUUUUUAAUAUUUAAAGACAUAUGUGUGCUUUAAUGAGUCUCCAUUUCUUCUCAGAAUGUUGAUAAGUGGAUAAACAUGACUGAACUUUUCAACUUAAGAGUUUAUUUUUAUACGUAUUACUAUUAAAUGUCUCCAAUUGAAAUUUUGGCAGCCUGAAAUUCAAGCUUCUGAGGGGAGAGGGGGUUCACUUCAGUAUAGGAAAAAACGUCAUUGUCUAAUAAUGAUGUGUUAACUUCUCAAUCUGUAAAAUGUGAAGGAGAGAGUUAAUGUUUUUUCAAGAAACAUAGAACAUGAUGGCAGGUUAAAGGCAAAAAUUUAGCAAUAGCUAUGCAAUCAGCCUUCACAAUUUAAUAACCUGUGGCCCUGGAUCCCACCUUUAACUCCACGUAAGGAACUCUAAAGUGAGAUGUCGAAGAUGGGGAUUUUGGCAUUUGCAACCUAAUGACAGGCCCAGUCUAUGACUGUUUGAACCUAAGCCAGAACCGGGAAAAAAAUCUAGUUUAAUAAAAGCCCAAGCCACCAAGAACACAAAAAAGGAUUUGAGAUUUCUGUUGCAGCAGGGUAAAUUAUGAUCUACGCACAAGGUCAGCAAGGUCAGAAUUUCUGUAAUCAGAAAAUGAGACCUGGGCUGUGGGACCAGAAGAGUAACAGUGGACCCUAAAUACAGAACAGAAAUUACAUGAAAGGGGCAAAGUAGGAGUUGAAGAAGUGUAAAGAGCACAGUGUUUAUAAACUUUAAUACAGAAAAUCUAUUUGAUAUUUAUUAAACUUAGUUUCUCCAGCUAUGGUUUGGCAUUAUACAAAGCAUCUUAAUGACACAGUAGAGUUAAAAAGAUUUUUACAAAUUGAAAUGUGAUACCCUUGUCUCCAAAUAUUUUAAUCGCCAUAAAUUUGUUUAAAAAUACACAUUAAACGCAUGUUUGACACUCUAAACUUUCUAUAAUCUCAAUACCACAAAAUACAUAUACUAUACACG